CGACGGACAUGAAUGAGAUCAAGGAACUCGUUGAACUAAUUUUCCGUCCCUUACAAGGAAGUUACAAUUCUCUCCAAGUUGGCGCGAUUAGAAAACCGUAUAUUUACAACCCGGUAAAAAGGACGCAAGAGUUCAAAUUCCAGAACUCAUUUCUUUGUCGGUGAUUUUCCCGGCAAAUUGAAACCGAGCAGUCCGUCACCGGAAAAUGGCUGCCGUUGUGCGAGUUGCCAGUAUUCCUGGCCACGAUCGAGUUCUCACGGCGGUUAUUGCCGGAACGUCCAGUCUUUCGUUUCUGGGAUCGGGAUUCGUUGUCCUUUGUUACGUCCUCUUCAAAGAGCUUCGAAAAUUCUCCUACAAGCUUGUCUUCUAUCUCGCCCUCGCCGAUAUGCUUUCCUGUUUCUUCACUAUGAUUGGGGAUCCGGCGACAGGGUUUUACUGUUAUGUUCAGGGCUAUAGCACGCAUUUCUUUUGUGUGGCAUCAUUCUUGUGGACCACAACAAUUGCAUUCACCCUUCACCGUGCUGUUGUUAGACACAAAACCGACGUUGAAGAUUUUGAGGCCAUGUUUCACUUGUAUGUAUGGGGAACAUCGUUAGUGUUGACUGUUAUACGUUCAAUUGGCAAUAGACAUGCGCAUUUGGGAACCUGGUGUUGGGCACAGUCGGGGCGUACAGGAAAGGCUGUUCACUUUAUAACAUUUUACAUGCCUCUCUGGGGUGCAAUUCUCUACAAUGGCUUUACUUACCUUCAAGUGAUACGCAUGCUUGAUAAUGCUACUCGUAUGGCAGUUGGCAUCUCAGAUAGGACUCACCAGUCAGAUCCAAGAGCAGACGUGAAGGCUUUAAACAGAUGGGGAUAUUACCCGCUCAUCCUCAUAGGGUCGUGGGCUUUUGGUACAAUCAACCGUAUCCAUGAUUUUAUUGAGCCAGAUCAUAAAAUCUUCUGGCUGUCAGUUCUUGAUGUUGGGAUGGCAUCUCUAAUGGGAUUGUUCAAUUCAAUAGCAUAUGGCCUGAAUUCUUCAGUGCGGCGGGCAAUUUGUGAAAGACUAGACCUGUUUGGGCUUGAAAAACUUCGAAGAUGGCUUCCCAGCAAUCCAACGCUCCCAAACCAACAACAAGAAGGUGAACUGGUUCCCUUGAGAAGUCAAGAUCAGCCUUAGCGAAUUAGUUAAUGGAUGUGCCUUCAUCGGCAGGACUUCCUUUACAAGACUUAUUUCCUCCGUUUUUCCCGAGGGCAUGUAAAUAGGAGCUGAGCAACUCAUUGCGCGUAGACAUGAUGAUAGAGAAUUUAGCAGUCUCUCAAGUGGUGGUCAGGGGUGGAAAAUCGUGGAUUAUGAAGCAUUGGAUACUGAAUGUGUAGCUGCCUGAUCAGAAUUCCUGCAUGUAUCAUCAAAUCUCAGAUCAUUUGCAAGGUUGAUUGCUGAGCCGCCGCAAUCGCAGCACAUGCUUUAGCUAUUCAGUCUGGGUGGGACCGUGGCUCCAUCUGUGGUGGCGAUCGCUUCCUGUUGCAGAUAAGCAUGAGGUGGAAGCUGCCGUUUCUAAGAAGCCAGCUUUACAGAUAAGCUUUUUUCACUCUGAAUUAAAUUCUUGUCCAUUUUACAUAUUAGAUUUUUAAAUUUGUUUUCGACUAAAUUACAAAUCAUGUCUUUUGGGCUUUGUUUCUUGUUCUGCCUUCCAAAAUGAAUUUAUAAAACUUAUUCUACCUACUUCUUCUCUAUUUAGAUUUUCACUUUUUGGUUAAAAAAAAAAAAAC